UAGACAAAUGGCGGAAUUGUGUACUGUCAUUGCUCCUUACAUUCGGAAAACAAGUUCUUGAUAGUUUAUUCUGACAGUUAUUGUUCGAAUAUCGCGAUGGAUAGAAUACUCAAAGGAAUCAUGAAGUAUAGAAAGUGUCAUCGAGAGGGAAUGGUAAAGCAAUUUCAACAAGUCAGAGAUCAUCCUGAGCCAAAGGCAGUUUUCUUUACUUGCAUGGACUCCCGGAUGAUCCCAACUAGAUUUACGGAAACGAACGUUGGAGACAUGUUUGUUGUCCGAAACCCCGGUAAUGUCGUACCUCAUUCGCAGCAUUUCGUGGAUGAGUUUACCAUGUGCGAAUCGGCGGCAUUGGAGCUCGGCUGCGUGGUAAAUGACAUAAGGCACGUUAUAGUUUGCGGCCAUAGCGAUUGCAAGGCGAUGAAUCUGCUCUAUGCUUUACGGGAUGAGGAAUUCGCGUCUCAAACGAACAGGAGAAUGUCGCCGCUGAGAGCGUGGCUAUGCGCGCACGCCAGUAGCAGUCUGACAAAGUUUCAACAUCUCGAAGUCGCUGGUUUUCGCGAACCGAUCAUCUUCCAGGCUGAAACGCCGUUGAGAAAAUUCGUCGCUUAUAUCGAUCCGGAGGACAAGUUUGCCAUCGAAGACAAAUUGUCGCAAAUCAACACAUUGCAACAACUUCAAAAUAUCGCAUCUUAUGGAUUCCUGAAAAAGCGUUUAGAGCGACAUGAUUUACAUAUCCAUGCGCUGUGGUUCGACAUUUAUACCGGUGAUAUUUAUUAUUUUAGCCGAGCCAAUAAGAGAUUCGUGGAGAUAAACGAAACGACGGAGUCGCUUUUGCUUAAAGAAAUUAAGAAAUAUUACUCGUAGUACUUUUUGUACAUACGUAUGUAUUGCGUAUAUAUAAUCAUUGGUAAGAUUGCGCUAGCAUUAUCAAAAAUAUUCAAAUAGAUAGCGAAAAAUAAUUUUAUAUUGUUAUAUGCUGAAUUUUAAAAGCGUUUGUGAAUUUCGUUUUUAUUCGCUUUUAAAAAGUCAUUAGUGAUAACAAACUGAAUUUUUCUUGCAAAAGGCAACGCAAUAUGUUUUAUAGAUAUUAAGAAACUUCAGAAAUUAUUUAAAUUUAGCAAAAAAUAUAUU